AUGGCCCCUAUCACUCACGAGGCCGACUAUGUCGUCCUUGGAGGCGGUAGCGGAGGUUUAGGUUCUGGCCGUGCGGCGGCGAGCCGAUUUGGCCAGAAAGCAGUUAUUAUCGAGAACAAGCGCCUAGGAGGAACUUGCGUCAACGUUGGCUGUGUCCCCAAGAAGGUUUCCUGGUAUGCUGCCACCCUGGCCGAGUCCAUCCGCGAGUCCAAGGCAUACGGCUUCAACGUCGAGCACACCGCGCCCUUCGACUGGCCCACAUUUAAGAACAAGCGCGAUGCCUAUAUCAAACGCCUGAACGGCAUCUAUGAGCGCAACCUGGCAAACGACAAGGUCGAGUACGUGCACGGAACAGGCAAGCUCUUGUCCAAGAACCAGAUCGAGGUGACCCAGGAUGACGGUUCCAAGGUCCUCGUCAACGCCAAGAAGAUUCUCGUCGCUGUUGGAGGCAAGCCCCAUAUCCCACCCGAGAUCCCCGGUGCCGAGCUCGGCACCAACAGCGAUGGCUUCUUCGAGAUUGCCACGCAACCAAAGAAGGUUGCCGUCAUUGGCGCAGGCUACAUUGCCGUUGAGCUUGCUGGUGUAUUCAACGCUCUUGGAACCGAGACUCACCUCCUUAUCCGCCACGAUACCUUCCUGCGUACAUUCGACCCGAUCAUCCAGGAAGGCCUGACCAAGGAGUACGAGAGAGUGGGCGUGAAGCUGCAUAAGCGGAGCCAGGCAAGCAAGAUCGAGAAGGAUGCGAACGGCAAGCUUACGGUUACCUACAAGGACGACCAAGGAAAUGAGACUGUCCUCACCGAUGUCGACCAUCUCAUCUGGGCCAUUGGACGUGUUCCAGAGACGAAGAAUAUUGGCUUGGAGGAGGCUGGUGUCAAGCUCGACGACAAGGGCUUCGUCGUUGUGGACGAGUACCAGAACACCAGCGUGGACAACAUCUACGCCCUCGGUGAUGUUACAGGCCAGCUCGAGCUGACGCCCGUGGCCAUCGCUGCCGGUCGACGACUGUCGGAGCGCCUCUUUGGCGGUCCCGAGUUUGCCACGCGCAAGCUGGACUACACCAACGUUCCAUCAGUUGUCUUUUCCCACCCCGAGGUUGGCUCGGUUGGUCUUACCGAGCCACAGGCCAUUGAGCAGUACGGCAAGGAGAACGUCAAGGUCUACACCACCAACUUCACGGCCAUGUACUACGCAAUGAUGGAGCCGGAGCACAAGGCCCCGACUAAGUACAAGCUCGUCACCGUCGGGCCCGAGGAGAAGGUCGUCGGUCUUCACAUUCUGGGCUUGGGAAGCGGCGAGAUGCUCCAGGGUUUCGGCGUGGCCAUUAAGAUGGGCGCCACCAAGGCCGACUUUGAUAACACUGUUGCCAUCCAUCCAACCAGUGCUGAGGAGAUUGUAACCCUGAAAUAG